AUGAAGGCUCUGACGGGGAAGACCAUGUGCCGCUGUGGCGUAUUCACUUGCCUCGUCUUCUUCUCUCUGGCUUCGAUCAGCACAGCAGUGAGCUUUGACCUCACCGAGCUGAGGAACAAAGUGGCCAAAAUUAAACUGAAUCCCAGAGGGAACCUUUGGGCAACAGGGCAUUUCAUGGGCAAGAAGAGUGUGGUGGAUACCCCGCUGCUCUCCUCCAGUGAGGACCAGGGUGUGGGGGGCUUGGAGGUCUCCCAACCGCAGGGACCCAAUAGCCUCAGUGAGAUUUUCCAGGACUUCCUGCGGGUGGCCAUGCAAGCACAGAUUGAAUCACAAGAGAGCCGCUUAAAAACUCAGGAGGCAGAGUUGCUGAUGAGGAUUUUGGAAAUCUACACACAGAGAAAGUGA